AUGUCGGACACUCGAUUAAAAAUCAAUUCAUUGAAAGAAUUAAAUUCGAAGCUUUUGCCUAAGAUUUUCGAACUUAGAAAGGAGAAUGCUGAGGUCAAGACUGAGAAUACAAAAUUGAAACAAGCUAUAAAAGCAAAUGCUGAGCUCAAGACCAGAUUCGAGGUGCUAGAAAAGAAAAAUAAAACAGACACCAGUAAUCUUAUUGCUAAAAAUGCUGAGCUCAGAGAUAGAGUCACAAAAUUAUAUACAUACUUAUCUGAGCCUAAAUCAUUUGAAAAUAAAAAGAUCGAUGAAUUUCUGGAUUUGAAAAGUAAGGAAAGAAACUUAGUUUCAGAUACUUCAAUCUCUCCUGAACAAAAUUAUCCUACUAAAAGUCAAUGUAUAGAGCAAGAGUUAACAAAAGAAUUGCAAAGUAGUAGAGUUAUUAUCUCACCAGUUUCCACUAAUAUUACAGAACAUCAAUCAUCCCAAAUUACAACACAAAGCUUAAUCUGUUUAUUUCAAAAUGCAAUAUGA